AAUGGCUGUUAAUAAAUGACUGGCCUAAACACAAGCUUGAUUGUACAAAUACAGGCUUUCCUUCAAAACAAGGUCAAUCUUCCUCGGGCUGUUAUCAUUGCUAUUUCUCUGGUGACUGGCUUGUAUCUGCUGGUGAACGUCAGCUACCUGACAGUCAUGACACCAAAGGAGCUCGUUUCCUCCAGUGCAGUAGCAGUCACAUGGGGAAAUAAGGUGCUGGGCAGCUGGGGUUGGAUCAUGUCUGUGGCUGCAGCAUUGUCCGCUUUUGGUUCACUGAACGGGACCUUCUUUAGUGGAGGCCGCGUUUGCUUUGUCGCCGCCAGGGAAGGACACAUGCCAGAUAUUCUAGCCAUGGCUCACAUUCACAGACUGACCCCAUCUCCAGCACUGAUCUUCACCACCAUUGUUUCUCUGGUGGUACUGAUACCCGGUGACUUUCAGACUAUCGUCAACUUUUUCAGUUUUACAGCCUGGAUUUUCUAUGGCAUCACCCUCGCUGGACUCCUCUACCUCAAGAUCAAGAAGCCAGAACUCCCUAGGCCAUACAAGGUUCCCAUUAUACUCCCGAUCCUGGUCCUCAUAGCAGCAGUAUUUCUUGUGCUGGCUCCCAUCGUAGAUAAUCCCCAGAUUGAAUACCUUUACGUGACUUUAUUCAUCUUGAGUGGAAUCCUUAUCUACAUCCCUUUCAUAUAUUACAAGCUAUGCCCCAACCUGUUGACAAAGUUGACAGUAUUCCUUCAGCUGUUUUUAGAAGUCUGCCCAGUUGACAAAAAUGUAUGAUUUCCAAGAGUUACUUCAACAGUUGUUUACAUUGAACUCAGACUUCAUCAGACUGUGGUAUGUCAGUAUUGACCAUUUCUUUCUUUGUAACACUGGCAGUAUGGUAUAAUAAAUCAGACACAGUUGACUCCGUGUUGUCAGGAUGUUCAGUUUGGAUAUAAAUGUAUACAUGUUACUGUAAUACAAACUCUGUAUCUGUAACCCUGAUGUAAAACGUAAUUCUCAGAAACUCUGUGAAGCUGCUACAAUUCAAUACCAUUGCAUUGUGGAAUUGGGCAGGGUUGCAUCUGUUAUUUCAUGACCUGCUGUAAUAAAGGAUUUGAAGGCUCUGCAAUAUCACCAUGGAAUUUGCCAAUCAUAUGCAGUUUCCUCAGAAAUGUGUUGUCAUAUACAAUUUGCUAUAGUUAGACUUCUCAUUUAUUAGUGUUUCCUUUCUUUUUCCAUCUUUUCUUGCAUCUUGCUGCCUCAUAUUACAUCUGUCUCUGUAUGGUAUACCUGGUUUUAGGCUUUAUGUCAGGACUGGAUCUAGCUCUUUGCCUCAACACUGCACAGAAUGAAUCAGUAGAUGGUGAAUAAAUAAAUAAAUCCAAAAAAUGUUUUUAAUUUUUUUUUUUAUUUAAAUGAUUGAAAUGAUUUGUUUCUCGUUAGUUUCCCUAAUGCCAUUGAUUUAUUUGACAUCCUUGAUUUUAAAUGUUUUCCAGAUUUCCCAGAUAUUUCUAACCGUUCUCAAACAGAAAUAAAUUCUACACAAAGUCUUAAAAUACUUCAUCAGCUUAAUUGUAUAUAAUAGCUUUGAAGAACUAAAAAAACAUGAGAUGCUGGCCAAAGUAUACAGUCAGAGUCAGUGCUUUUAGGGUAGUGUAGUAUCAGGGGACAAAAACAACCAGACCUACAGUAUAUACCAGUAUUUCCCAAACAUAUGGCAUGUUUUACAUUACAAAAAU